AUGACCGCAGAUGCAGUAGCUGUAAAUUUCUACGCAACCUGGGUAUCCCGGUUUGGUGCGCCGAAAGUAAUAACAACAGACCAGCGAACACAAUUCGAAACAGAUCUGUUUCAAGCUUUGGCGGACCUGGUAGGAACCAAACGAAUCCGCACUACGCCUUAUCAUCCAGCAGCGAACGCCAUAGUAGAGGAAUUCCAUCACACGCUAAAAGCAGAGCUAAUGGCAAGGCCGAAACAUACAUUGCUCCAAUUACUCCCAUCAGUUAUUUUAGGGCUACAAGUAACAGUGAAGGAAGACAUAGAAGCAUCUGCGGCAGAAAUGAUUUAUGGUAUUAACCUUCGUCUGCCUGGCGAAUUCUUCGUACAUAAUACCCAAUCAACUUCAUCAACGCCUCCUAAUCAAUCAAAUUUCCUAAACAAACUUCGUGAAUAUUUACGUCAGGUACGUCUAACGCCAGCAGCAUAUCAUAGCAACAGGCCUAUUUUCAUUAGAAAACUAGAACCACAAUAUACAGACCCAUAUAAAGUUCUGAACAAAAUAAGUGAACGAGUAUACACAAUUGAAGUAGGUGACAAAAUGUUGAGCGUAUCAAUGGAAAGAUUAAAGCCAGCAUUCCUGAAGAAUACAGAUGUUUCAGCAGAACCGACGUUCAAUCCUAGCCCAAAGCAUGACACAUUACCAGUAAAAAGUACGAAGUAA